UAAUAACUAGCCACUAUGUAUUGCGUGGGUGUACUAAAAAGUUUCUCCUUCAACAAGAUGUAUUUCUUCUUUGCUUGUUGUCUCUUUGCUGUAUUUUCUAGAGUUGACUGUUCUUGCCAAAUUGGUAGCACACAUGACCUUCCCAGGAGUCAAUAUGAAACAGUGUGGCCAACAACAUGGCCUGCAAUAUCUUUGCCAAACCAAACAAUAUCUAUGAGAGGGAAAUGGAUUUUAAAUACUGCAUUUCCAGCUGAUUGUGAAGGAGCCAUCAAUAGCUACAGUAUUAAAUAUUACAAUGGAUACAUGCAGAAUGGUGUCAUAUAUUAUGUUAACAUAGCUAUUUGGAAAAAAAUUGGGAAUGUACCAGUGUACGUAAAGGAUCACUAUAGUUUAUUUCAGUUCAGUUUCACUGGCAAGACUAAAAGAGGAAAAGGCCUGUUUGUACAGCUAAAUAUUCCAAUACACAAGAUAAUUGACAUCACCAAGGGAAGUGUGAUCGGCAUCUAUUUCAAAGAACCAAACCCUCUCCCUCUUAUUGGUAUAAGUAGUUUAAAGAACAACAGAAGAGACACCGAUGCGGACUAUUCUAUUGUGUGCCUUAGUAAUGGAACGAAGGAAUCAUUGCAAAUCUCUUGUCAUCAAAAUAAUGCCUUAGUCCUACGGAAUACUCUAGUAAUGUAUGCUAAAGCUACUCUCGGUUCAUUUGCUAAUGUUAAUUGUGGUCAACCUCAAAAUGAAUUUGGCAUGCAAUGCACCCUUUUAAAUGGUACUACAAUGGCUGGUGAUACAGCAAUUUGUAGAUGCAUUAAUACUGCAGGAAUUAUCAAUCAGUAUCAAAAAUACAUCACAUGCCAGGGAAAUGGCAAAUGGUCGACUUUUACCUGCCCUUCGUUGACAACUGAGUGUCCUGAUCCAGGUGAACCUAACAAUGGUUGGAGGACUGGAGACAAAUUUUCUUCGGGAUCAAUAGUAACUUAUCAUUGCUUUUUCGGUUACAAGUUAAUAGGCAGUUCAGUAUCUUAUUGCUUGCCUUUUCAUCAUUGGAAUAGCUCAGUACCAACAUGUCAAUUGAUAUCCUGUGGACCUCCCAGUCAAAUAAUUAAUGGAUACUCUAUUGGAAAUAAAUACAAUUAUGGCUCAAAAGUUCAAUUCAUUUGUUAUCCUGGAUAUAUGAUUAAAGAACAGUCAAGCAUAGUACCCUCUGUAAUAGUAUGCAACGAAGAUGGAGAAUGGAGUGGCAACACUCCUAUUUGUCACGUCAUUUACUGUGAACACCCAGUGGUUCCACAGAAUGGUAUUCUUAGUUACACCAAUGUCAGUGUUAACUCAACAGUAAAUUAUACUUGUCAAGCAGGUUAUACUUUGAGUGGGGUCGAUAGCAUCACAUGUGAAACUAAUGGAGAAUGGAGCAAUAAAACUGCACCAACUUGCAUUGCAUCCCAUUCUCCUCCUUUCAUUUGCAAUGGAACUACAGCAUUAUAUUAUAACAAAAGCUAUACUUGGUCUAGUGAUAUCAUUACAUGCACUGGGGACUUGCAUUCAUCACAAAUUACAAUAACUCCUUCUAUUGGCUAUACUACAAAGCCAAACACUUCCUCAGGAGUAGGAAUAGCUGUUGGUGUAACUUUUGCUAUACUAAUAGUACUAGGAGGGUGCGGAAGUAUUGUGGGAUUACUGAUGUUUCUAAGAAUAAGAAAGAAAACAGGCAACUGUCAACUUAAGUGUAGCACAGUUCAGUCUUUAUUUUUAAAAUUUUUUGUAGGUCAUUCUGAUUUUCAUGAAGCAAAUACGCAAGCAUCAAUUGGAAGAUUGGAAAGCAGUGAAUAUGAGCUAAAUUUGGUUAACAUAAUAUAUGAAGGAAGAGAAUGUGUACAGGAACAGGGUCAAGGACAUUUGGGUGGAGGUGAUCAUAGUGAUUAUUCCACACUCAUUUGCACUGUGACUGACUUAGAAGUUGAAGAUGAAAACACUACAAAAAUGUAUCACACUCCUGGAGACAACAUGAUUGAGAUAUAUGGGCAGAUAAGAAAAUCAAACGUGCCAUUAAUAAAAUUUGAUAAAUUGAUGCUGUGCAAUUCAGGGCAGUUCAGUUGUGCUAAUUUUUUAAGAGGGCGCUGGGAGCAGCCUAAUGGGGUUGUGAUGGAUGUUGCUGUUAAGAUUAUAAAAGGAGAAACAUCACAAAAGGAAAAAUUGCAACUUUUAAAGGAAGCGGCAAUCAUGAGUCAAUUCAACCACCCUCAUAUCAUUAAACUACUUGCUAUUGUCGAUGAUGAAAACUCUCCUACAAUAAUCAUUGAAUUUAUGAAUAAGGGAAGCCUGCAGGGUGCCCUCGUCAACUUAAAAGCUAAUGGUGAGGUUUCUCCACAUGCUCCUUAUCUCUUACUGAGCUAUUGUCGUCAGAUCUGUCUUGGUAUGCAGUAUCUGUCAAGGAAAGGUUUUGUGCAUAAGAGUCUUGCAGCAAGAAACAUACUAGUGUCUUCAGAAAAUAUAUGCAAAAUUAAUUUCUCUUUUGAAGAUGAAAAUUACAGCUACAUGUCUCAGAGAGGGACCAUAACAGCAGUUAAAUGGCUUUCGCCUGAAGUCCUUAAUGACAAGAAACAUUCCACAGCAUCGGAUGUUUGGAGCUAUGGGUGUCUCUUGUACGAGAUAUGGAGCAUUGGACAAAAACCUUACGAAAAGGAUACUUGUAUUGCAGCAGUGAAGAAGAUAUAUUCUGAUGAGAGGUUGCCUCCUCCUCCUGGCUGCCCCAAAGCAAUAUACAGUCUUAUGAUAUCCUGCUGGCACCCAAUUGCAGAAUGUCGCCCUGGUUUUACUGAAAUAAAAAUGCUCCUCAUGCAACCAGAUAAAACAGUGGUGAACAUACCACUAUCUGCUUUGUCUUCUCAUCCACAAGCAGGCUGUCUUGGUGCUCAUUUGAAAGCAGGGGAAAACAUGUACACAGAUCUCAGGAAAAAGUACUUGUAAUCUGACAAUAGUGAACCUGAUCAUUUCUCAUGAAUAACUAGUACAAAACUUAUUUGUAGCAACUAGUAGUGUAUCUGACAUUGAUUUAGUAUUGAUUAUUGUAGUUAUUGUAUUUGUACUAUGUAACAAAUACAAAUUUUCUUAGUCAGUAGUACUCAAGUAU